GCCCCUCGCCGCCCCUCUCGGCUCUCGCAGGCCCGGCCCGCGCCUCCCGCCACCAUGAACCACUCGCCGCUCAAGACCGCCUUGGCGUACGAAUGCUUCCCGGACCAGGACAACUCCACGCUGGCUUUGCCGUCGGACCAGAAGAUGAAGACCGGCACGUCGGGCAGGCAGCGCGUGCAGGAGCAGGUGAUGAUGACCGUCAAGCGGCAGAAGUCCAAGUCUUCCCAGUCGUCCACCCUGAGCCACUCCAACCGAGGUUCCAUGUACGAUGGCUUGGCCGACAAUUACAACAACUAUGGGACCACCAGCCGGAGCAGCUACUACUCCAAGUUCCAGGCGGGGAAUGGCUCGUGGGGAUAUCCGAUCUACAACGGGACCCUCAAGCGGGAGAACGACAACAGGCGUUUCAGUUCCUACAGCCAGAUGGAGAACUGGGGCCGGCACUACCAGCGGGGCCCCUGUCCCACGACCGGCGCAGGCAGUGACAUCUGCUUCAUGCAGAAGAUCAAGGCGAGCCGCAGUGAGCCUGACCUCUACUGUGACCCCCGGGGCACCCUGCGCAAGGGCACUCUGAGCAACAGGGGCCAGAAGACCACCCAGAACCGCUACAGCUUCUACAGCACCUGCAGCGGCCAGAAGGCCGUUAAGAAGUGCCCUGUGCGCCCGCCCUCCUGCACCUCCAAACAGGAACCUGUGUAUGUCCCGCCCAUGUCCUGCAACAAGGACCUGUCCUUUGGCCACUCAAGGGCCAGCUCCAAGAUCUGCAGCGAGGAUAUUGAGUGCAGUGGGCUGACCAUCCCCAAGGCUGUGCAGUACCUGAGCUCCCAGGAUGAGAAGUACCAGGCCAUCGGGGCCUAUUACAUCCAGCACACCUGUUUCCAGGAUGAAUCGGCCAAACAACAGGUCUAUCAACUGGGAGGCAUCUGCAAGCUGGUGGACCUCCUCCGGAGCCCCAACCAGAACGUCCAGCAGGCUGCAGCUGGGGCCCUGCGUAACCUGGUGUUCCGAAGCGUCACCAAUAAGCUGGAGACCCGGAGGCAGAAUGGGAUCCGAGAGGCUGUCAGCCUCCUGAGGAGAACCGGGAGCACUGAGAUCCAGAAACAACUGACCGGACUGCUCUGGAACCUGUCCUCCACUGACGAGCUGAAGGAGGAGCUCAUCGCCGAUGCCCUGCCCGUGCUGGCCGACCGGGUCAUCAUUCCCUUCUCCGGCUGGUGUGAUGGCAACAGCAACAUGAGCCGGGAAAUGGUGGACCCUGAAGUCUUCUUCAAUGCCACGGGCUGCUUGAGGAACCUGAGCUCUGCCGAUGCGGGCCGCCAGACCAUGCGAAACUACACGGGGCUCAUUGAUUCCCUCAUGGCCUAUGUCCAGAACUGCGUGGCCGCCAGCCGCUGUGAUGACAAGUCCGUGGAGAACUGCAUGUGUAUCCUGCACAACCUGUCCUACCGCCUGGACGCCGAGGUGCCCACCCGCUACCGCCAGCUGGAGUACAAUGCGCGCAACGCCUACACCGAGAAGUCCUCCACGGGCUGCUUCAGCAACAAGAGCGACAAGACGAUGAACAACAACUAUGACUGCCCCCUCCCGGAGGAGGAGACCAACCCCAAGGGCAGCAGCUGGCUAUACCAUUCGGAUGCCAUCCGCACCUACCUGAACCUCAUGGGCAAGAGCAAGAAAGAUGCCACCUUGGAGGCCUGCGCGGGGGCCCUGCAGAACCUGACCGCCAGCAAGGGGCUGAUGUCCAGCGGCAUGAGCCAGUUGAUUGGGCUCAAGGAAAAAGGCCUGCCCCAAAUCGCUCGCCUCCUGCAAUCCGGCAACUCUGACGUGGUGAGGUCUGGAGCCUCCCUCCUAAGCAACAUGUCCCGCCACCCCGUGCUUCACCGCGCAAUGGGGAACCAAGUAUUCCCAGAGGUGACCAGGCUCCUCACCAGUCACACUGGGAACACCAGCAACUCAGAAGACAUCCUGUCCUCGGCCUGCUACACCGUGAGGAACCUGAUGGCGUCCCAGCCGCAGAUGGCCAAGCAGUACUUCACCAGCAGCAUGGUCAACAACGUCAUCAACCUGUGCCGUAGCAGUGCCUCACCCAAGGCUGCAGAGGCUGCCCGCCUCCUCCUGUCUGACAUGUGGUCCAGCAAGGAACUGCAGGGAGUCCUCAGACAGCAAGGCUUGGAUAGGAACAUGCUGGGAAGCUUAGCCGGGCCCAACAGCCUCAGGAACUUCACCUCCCGAUUCUAAGAAGGGGCUGCCCCAGCAAGUACGGAUCGCAGAAAUGAUACAAUCCAGCUGAGACGACCUCAGGCCUUGCUGGAAGGGUGAUUCUUCGCACCCUGUGCAGUUUUGGAAAAGUUCCACUGCAAUUGAAAGCAAACCUCAAAACUGUGGCUGAUGAAAAUAUUUUUAGAUUUUUUUUUCCUUGGGGGAACUGGCAGGCAAGGGGGGUUGGGAAGGGUGGGCGGGGGGACUUUUCUUGAGUUAAAGGGGCUUAUGUUUCAUGUCAAUACUUCUUUCGCUGAGAAAUGGUAUGUAUAUAUAUAUAUGUAUAAUGUAAGUGUGUGUGUGUGUGUGUGCACGCGCGCAUGCUUGUGCGUGAGUGCCUAAAAGCACGACCACAAACUUCAAGGAGCUAAGUAAGCUGUUUCUGCCGCUCAUGAGGUGGUCAAAAGAACUCUCACUCUCCCACAUUUCCUCCACGACUUGCGCUCUUGGUUGAGCUGUCCGUAGUUCCCAAAAUGUGUCAUGCCAGGGCAAGGGGCCCACACCAGGGUCAGGUCCACGAGAAGCCUAGAGGGAACCAUCCCUGGGGCAAGGGGAGG